UGUUUCCUAUUUUAUUUCUGGAAAGUUCGAUAAUUCUGAGUCGGCGCAGUUUGAAUAGCUUGCAUAACGUAUAAAGCCUUAAAGAUUUCGUUUCAGUAUCAGACCAAGCUUGUAAGAGCGCGGAUUGUUUAUUGUGUUAUACGAAAUCUAGUGUGCAAAAAAGAAAAAAAAACAUGCCACGACGUGGACGUGCUGCAAAUCCUCCACCAAGGACGGUUAGACGAACAUCGGCUCCAGUCGCAACUCCUGCACAACCUCCUGCACAUGCUCCUGCAGCAACACCAAUGAUGGCGCAACCUCAGCAGCCAUCCCUCAUGGGACAAAUGGCUGCUACUGCUGGAGGUGUCGCUAUAGGUUCUGCUGUUGGUCAUACUAUUGGACAUGCAGUAACUGGUCUUUUCAGUGGAGGAUCUAGUGAAUCUGCUGUUGCACCUGCAGCACCUGCAGCACCUGCUGUAGCACAAAGUGCACCAGCUUCUGCUGCACCUAUUGGUGGAGCUUGUGCUUGGGAAGUAAAACAAUUUUUGGAAUGUGCUAAUAAUCAAUCUGAUCUUACACUGUGCGAAGGAUUCAAUGAAGCUCUCCGUCAGUGCAAAGCAGCUAAUAAUGUAGUUUAAACGAGCAUCUUUCCAAAAACAUUUGGAUGAUAGAAGAAAUUUAGGAGCUCAGCAUCAUGUGAAUUAAUUUAAUAAAUCUUAUAAAAAUUUGGAUUUAAUUUACAAUAAAUAAAAAUUAUGUUAAAAUUAUUAUUAAUAUGAAUUAGACAAUAUCUUUGUAUGUAUAGAAGUAAAAUAAAUUGACUUCUAUUUACACAUUA